UUACCUAUCACCCCACCUCCCCUCUGGUAACCGUUUGUUUAUUCUCUGUAGUUAAGAAUCUCUUUUCUGGUUUGUCUCUUUUUUCCUCUGAUCAUUGUUUUUUCCCUUAAAUUCCACAUAUGAAUGAAAUCAUAUGGUAUUUGUCUUUUUCUGUCUGUCUUAUUUCACGUAGAAUUAUACUCUUUAGCCCUACCAUAUCAUUGUAACUGGCAAGAUCUAUUCUUUUUUAAUGGCUGAAUAAUACAUAUAUAUAUAUCUAUAUCUAUAUCUAUAUCUAUAUCUAUAUUUUCAUCUAUCAAUGGGUACAGUGGCUGCACUGAUUGCAUUCCCACCAAUAGGACAAGAAGUUUCCUUUUUCUCCACAUCCUUGUCAACACUUGCUAUUUCUUGAUUUUUGGAUUUUAGCCAUUCUGGCAGGUGUGAGAUGAUAGCUCACUAUGGUUUUGAUGUGCAUCUCCCUGAUGAUGAGAGUGAUUGUGCAUCUUUUCAUGUGUCUGUUGGCCAUCUGACUGUCUUCCUUGGGGAAAUGUCUGUUCAUGUCUUCUGCUCAUUGCCCAGGGUCCAGAAAAGUAUGUGGGGGUAGGAGACUGGGAGUUGGCCUGGUUUAUGCCAGUCUCCUGGGUGAGGAGACUGAGGCAAGCAUAACUAGAAAGAGCAGGUCUUCUGAAGCAGUGUGUGUGGAGUGGGGUGUUGGGGGUUAGGGGUGUGUGUGUUAGCAAAUUAGGCACCACACUGGUUUCUGCAGUUGAUUGCUGUUUAUGAUGAGGGGCAGGGAAGGGUACUGGCACCUGACAGCUCCUUUGUUCCUGGAGAAGUUCAACAGGAGAACACUUUUGAAGCUCAUACUAUCAUUAAGACACUAUGUGACUUUAAAACAACCACUUCAUCUAACUGGGCUUCAAUCUCCUUUUUUGUAAAAAGGAAAAUGUAGAAUCCAUAGAGAGUCUCAAAAAGUCUCUGUGCUGACAUUUCAUGGAUAUGAUGCUUUAAACUAUGCCCUUGGAGAAAGGAAGAAGCUGGUUCUAUGAUGUCCUCUUUUCAGAAGUUAAACCUCAUCUAAGUGACACUAUGAGUGUCUGGUAUGUAAGAGACUGGAUAAUAUGUAUUCCUUUGCCUGAUUAUUGCUCUGCAGAGCCUGAAGGAAUCUCUAGGUGUGUUUGGAUGGUCUGCCUUUUUGACACUGUACUUAUACAGGAAUUACAAAAAAACGAACAAAAGGGAUCUGAGAAGGACAACCCUUCAGUAAUUGUUCAGACAGAGACCGCCCAAAUAGAAAACACAUGCUGUUUCCUCCCUGCCUGACCAACUUGGCCUUCAGAGUACAAUUUCCCAGGAGAGGGGCUGGGCCUGUCCAAGCAGGAACUGGAGUCAGAGGCUUCCCCCACUACUCACAGGGAGAGAAGAACAUUAGGAAUGACUUUCAGCGCCGUAGCUCCUGCACUAUCUCCCAGUAGCUAUACAGCUUCGGGGCAAUCAAACUGCAGCUCAGCCUCACCCCUGCAGGAGUCCAGAUGCAGGCCAAGUACAGCAGCACGAGGGACAUGCUGGACUUUGAUAGGGACACCAUCAUGAGUGUGCCAUCUCGAGCCUCCUCUACGACCCAGCAGCCAGAGGCUGGGCACACAGGGCGCCGGCCUCCCUCUUCAGUUUGGCGUCCAGUGGCCCUGACUCUGCUGACUUUGUGUUUGGUGCUGCUGAUUGGCCUAUUAGCCCUGGGGCUUGUGUUUUUUCAGUUCUACCAGCUUUCCAAUACCCAACAAGACAGCAUUUCUCACAAGGAAGAACGAUUGGGGAAUCUCUCCCGACAGCUGCAGUCUCUCCAAACCAGGAACAGGAAGCUUGCAGAAAUCCUGCAGCGUGUGGCUGAAAAACUGUGUCGUGAGCUCUAUAACAAAAGUGGAGAGCACAGAUGCAGCCCUUGUCCAGAAGAAUGGAAGUGGCAUGGGGACAAAUGCUACCGAUUCUAUAGAGAGAGCAAGAAUUGGCAAGGCUGUGAAUAUUUCUGCAUUGCUGAGAAUGCGACUAUGCUGAAAAUAAACACACAGGAAGUACUGGAGUUUGCCAUGCCUCAGAGCUACUCUGAGUUUUUCUACUCUUAUUGGACAGGGCUAUCUCGCAACGGCAGUGGCAAAGUCUGGCUGUGGACUGAUGGAGCCCUUUACUUCCCCGAACUGUUUGAGAUUACAAUAGAUUUUACCAGCCUAAGAAGCAGAGACUGUGUGACCAUCCUCAAUGGAAAGGCUUUCUCGAAGGACUGCAAAGAGUUGAGGCGAUGUGCAUGUGAAAGAAAGGCGGCCAUGGUGAAGCCCGAGAGCUUCCAUUAGCUUCCCUGAGCCAUGGACUCUCCCACCAUAAUUGCAACGUCAAGUUCCCUUCAAGGAGACUGAAGAUCAGAACAGAAGUCAGUCUGUUUAUGUGCAACUCUAAGAGUUUGGUUUCAGUUCCUAUUUUCUCCCAUGUGGUCCAUAUUUAUAUAAUUCAACAAAAAGGUUGAGUCAAGCAAAGUCAAUGCAAAGGAUAUUUGAGAUCUUGGAACAUGGAAAAAAAAUAGGAAAGGCAAUUUUUCUGACUGGUGCAAGAAGCAUUUUCAUGAUCCCCAGCAUUUCUGAGCUUGGGUUCAUGCAUGUAUUUAGUCACAAAGAAAUCCCAUGUGCCAACAACCAGUCCCAGAACCUUGCAAAAUUGUAAUUCACCUUCUUGACUUUCUAGUGUUCUAUAACACUUUCUAGUGUUCUUCCUUCUCAAUAUCUAGUAUCAUCUUCCUGUUUCCAUGUCUUCCUUCAUAUUUGGAGAAGGAAGAAACUUAUUGAAGUAGGGGAAAUAAAUGUGCAUAACAUUGUUUGCCCCAAAUGUCAAAUAGUCUGUAAGAAAUUAACAAUCAUUUUCUAUACCAUGCUCCUAAAUACAUAAUUAAUUCUUUCUGUUUGCCUCACACCAUAUUUUUCCCUUCCAGUCUCUCAAUAAAGCCCCUAUCUGCCAUGUCGAUGACUUGCUUCCUACUGGGAUAAUUCUCUUUAUUAGAAUCUUAACUUCUUCCAAACUUACCUCCCCAUAUCCGUUGAAGAAUCCAACAGCUGGGGCACCUAGGUGGCUCAGUCAGUUAGGCGUCGAUUCUUGAUUUCAGUUUCAGGUCAUGACCUGAGGCUUCUGGAAUCAAACCCUGUAUCAGGCUCUUUGCUGAGUGGAACUUGCUUAAGAUUUCUUCUCUCCCUCUCCCUCUUUCUCUGUCCCUCCCCACUCAUGACAUCUUGCUCAAAAUAAAGAAAAAGAAAAUGUACUCCAAUGAUUUUGUCCUUUCCCUAGGAAAUUCUUCCAGGAAAUAAAUAUCCUCAGCUCAGUUCCAUAUCCAAAUUACUGUCCCUGAUGUUUCCUUCAGAGAUAUUGAAGACCAGAGCAAAAGUCAGUCUCUUUAUGUGGGUCUAUAAUAGUUUGGUUUCAGCUCCUAUUUUUUUUUUCCAUUUGAUCAGUGUUUAUGCCUUUCAGGUACUGGAUAUUUAAUAAUAAUAAAUGUAAGUAAUGUGAAAUGUGUGUGAUUGGAGAAUAGAUUUGUGAUUUGGGGACAAUUUCAGCGUGGAGAUGCUUUUCAAAAAUGAUAGCAAUCUGUGUUUUGGUUGUUUGUGCCUUACAGAGAAUUUGUAGGGAUUCUACAACAGUACUGAUUACUUGAGGAAGAUAAAAUCUUUGAGAAAGACUUGCUAUCUUCAAGAAGAUGAUUUUAACAGUUUCCUGAGAUGAAAUCCUUUGAGGCUAGUUUGCCAUCAACACAUAGCUAAAGAUGAGUUAAUAAAAUCUCAGUAGGGUGAAUUAUCCAAUAAGGUCAUGGAAAAUGGAAGAGAGACUGUGACAUCUGCACACAUCAUUGGUUUGUUGUGUUGUGCCCCUUUGCUCAGGAUGCCAAUAUGCACAAUCUUAAUAGGGGUUACUGCCAAUAACACCAUCGCAUCCAGUGACUUUGUUGAUUUAUAGAUAGAUGAGUUUUAGGGGCUUAAUGCUAGUGAGGAUCAUCUAGUAUAAAUCUUUAUUUUUCAGCAAUGAAAACUAGGGUGCUUCGGUUUUAUUUUCAGUAAACACCUAUCACACGGUGAAAUGACAUUAAGUUAGCAAACAUAUGAUAAGAACAUUUCUGUAUUCAUUUUCAUAAGACUGUGUUACUUAGCAAUCACUACUUGCACAUUUCUUCCUUAUGGAUUUUCUUUUUGAGUUUCUGUUGAUUAUGAAAUUUCUUCAGUGCUGAACAGAUUUUGUGUUGAUUCAUUGUGUCAUGCAGAAAAACUGUCUUUGUGGUUAUAAAAUAAGAUUUUUAAAUCUCA